AGGGGAUCGAUGGUGAAGCUGUACGUGCAGGCGGUGCCCCCGCCGGAUCUGAACAAGAACACCGAGUGGUUCAUGUACCUGGUGGUCUGGACCACCUACAUCUUCAUCCUCUUCGUCUCCUGGGUCCUCAUCCUCUCCAUCUUCGGCUGCACCCCCAGCAUGGCCUGGACGCUCGUCAACCUCGGCCACUUCGCGAUUACAUACCACUUCUUCCACUGGAAGAAGGGAACUCCAUUCGCUGAUGAUCAGGGGAUAUAUAAUAGGUUGACUUGGUGGGAGCAAAUUGACAACGGCAAGCAGCUUACUCGCAACAUAAAAUUUCUUGUUGUGGUUCCUGUAGUCCUCUCAGUGUUAUUCUGUUUCAAUUUUAUUAAUACUGCUUUUGGGAGCUUAUCUGGCAAGGGACAGCAUGGAAAGAUGUAUGCACAAAGAUUGAUUCUGGUUAGUCAGAAAUACUGCACUUAUUUAUUAAUUCUGCAAAGAACACUUGUUAGUAACAUCUAG